AUGGGAAUGGGGCAGAAGAUAAAGCCUAAAUACUUGGCUAUGACUUUAGGGAUAUCCCCUGAGGACCUUCUGUCACAUUAUAAAGAAGAUAGGGACGCCCAAGGUCUCAGGAGGGGUUACUUGGAGGAGGUAUCCCGAAGAAUGGCUGAGGCAGAAAGGUGGGGCUCUUAUAUUGAUGUCGUGGCUUUAAUAAUGUUUGGGAUAAUCCUCUUUCCCAAUGUGAGUGACUUCAUGUAUGUCUCUGCCGUCAAUAUCUUUUGGGUUGUGAAAAAUCUAGAAAUAGAUCCAGUGCCUGCUUUACUCACUGAUGUUUACUAUACCAUGAGCAUCUGCCAUAGUAGGGAGAAAAGAUCACUACGUUGUUGCAUUCCAUUGUUAUAUCAAUGGUUUGCCUCACAUCUUUAUAGGGACAUCCGUCUGAUAAAGACCAAGGGUAAUCAUGGUUGGGCUCAAAAACUGGCGCCCCUCAAUGAAGGAUCAAUCCUCAUGUAUCCGAAGAAGAUAGACCCCGAGAACAUAAUUAUCAACUGUGGGAGUUUUCCUAAUGUACCCCUCAUUGGUUCCAAGGGGUGCAUUAAUUACUAUCAUGUACUGGCUCUAAGACAGUUGGGUCACCCCAUAUGGGAGUGGCCUAAAGAAGCCGAGAUAGAGGAGUUUAUCUUACAUGGUGGAGAGGCUUCAUAUAUAGAACUACUUAGGAAGGUUACUUGGGCGUGCGAAAAAGUGCAUGUUAAGGACAACAAGCCAAAAAGUAAGGAUACUUCAUCCGAAGAGUCCUACACCCCCUGGAUUAAGGAAAGGGUCCGUCUAGUCAAGUUGCAUUUCAUAAUUGACCCAGCUUACGUCCCAGACAUGCCUAACCUUAUUACAGUGUCCACUAAAGAGGUCGACCGUCUUAAAUCCAAUAUUGCUAGGCUGGAACAAUAUAAGGAAAGCCUAGAACAUAAUAUUUACGAUGCGACCUAUGAAAAGACUCAGAUAAGCUACGACCUGGAGCAGAAGGACAAACAACUCCUUGAGAACAUGGAGGAACUCUGGACUGAAAGAAGUAAAAGAAAAAGACUUUGGGAGGUUUAUUCAGUGUCAGAGUUAACUUUGAAAAUCUCAAUGGUAAGUUAA